AUGGUCUCGCAACUACCCGACCACAACACCCACUCCCUGACGGUCCGCGGCCCGUCGUCUGUCGUUCACUCCAGACCCCACGCCUCGUCGCGCAGCAAGAGAUACAACCGCUCCCACGCCGGCGGAACCUCGUACAUACCCCAGAAUGAGUUCCCCGUCUUCAGCCACUCGGGCGACGUUGAGAUCCUUAUCAAGGCCGGCACCACUCAAAAUCGCUAUCUCCUGCACCGACACACUCUGACGCGAUGCUCUGGGUUUUUCGAGGCCAGCACAAGCCAAGAAUGGUCCAAGGCCAGCGUGCUACCCGAGCUGCCGGAAUCGGGGCCCGGCAGCGGCAGGCAGCUCGCGAGGAUAGGCGAGGACAGCGGCGUCAAUCUGGGGAGUGGGAGUGGGAGUGACAUGAGUGGAAACGAGGUGGCCAGGCCUGGUGCGGGAUCGCCUGGCCCGAGGAGGCGUUGGAGGUACGAGCUAGAUCCCGGCUCAGGGGGCGAUGAUAUACCCAUGCUGGUGCAGAAAGAGGCAGACAACAGCAGCAUUUCCAACCAUGGGCCGGCGCAAACGAACUCGAUAUUUGGGGGGGCACCGUCACCGAGCGCAAACACGUCCUCGACUCGGCACAAACCGAGCCAUUCGUCGUCGUCUUUUUUCCGAUCCGUCGCUAACCUCUCGCUCACGCAUCACCAUCCGUCGAACCAUCAGCCGCGUGAUAGCUUGCCCAUCUCCCAAGCCGACGCCGACCUCCUUCGCGAUUACGAUAACUUGUUUCGCAUCUUUUAUAACUACCCGCCGGUGCUCGACGGUAUCAAUAUUGCCGACGCUUACGUACAAUGCAAGUCGCUCUUGACGCUGGCUGAUCAAUACGACGCAUUGGCUGUGUGCGGGCCGAGGGUCGACCAUCACUUGCUGCAAUUCCAGUCGCGCUUGUGGAAGCAAAUUGCCAAGUACCCCGUAUCAUACCUACGCCUGGGCUAUUUGAGCAGGAGCAAGGUGAUAUUCCAGGAAGCAUUGAUCCAUGUCGUGGGUCAAUGGCCCGCAGGGGAACGCAGCAUUAGGAGCGCCUUGCCAGAAAUCGUCCUGGACAUAAUUGAAGACAAAGUCGAUGAGCUCGAAGAAACGGUGUCAAGGAUCGAAGGAAGGCUGUUCCGACUCCACCUCACGAACGCGAGAGGAGAGCGCGUCACGCCCGGAAGCAAUUACCUCGACUGGCUCGCCAUAAGCUUCUUCCGCCAAUGGCUCGCAGACAACACCUCGCCCGCCCCUCCACCUGCGCCAGCAUCAGGCUCUGGCCGCCGUGGCGGCUCAUCUCGGGACGCAACGGGCGGCGCGAACCGGUCCGCGCCCGCCGCCACGCCGGCCGCCACGCCGAGUCUGGCAAAUGUCGGAAGGGCGUACCGCACGCUGGGCUCGGCACAUGGAGGGGCGUAUCUUACCCACGACGAGUGCAAGAAGUUCCUCAAAUUGACGCCCGACUUAUAUAGCAGGGAUAACCUGCGACGGUUCGAGAAGCGGGUCGAUGAGCUGAAGAAUGCGGCGAAAGAAUUGGUCAGGCCGUUGAUGGGAAGUGGGCUUGAGCUUGAGCUGAGUAAUGUGGGGAAGGAUGGCCCUGUCGCGGCGCCGGUGGGGUAUUUGACUUGUGUUAGGGUUGUAGAGAGGGAUCUGCCUUGGGUGGUUGAGGGGUAG